AUGAGUGCAUUGGAGGCAGAAGGCGAUGCUUGUGAAUACGCACUGGGGCCGUGCUGGUUAGAAGUAGCGAUUAGUUCUCCUCAUUAUCUCCCACCUCUCACCCCACCCCACGUGGUAACCAUGGCUCAGACUGAGAUCAUCAUCUACGGGCCGUUGUCCCGCGACACUUUCCUCACUGCUGCCUGUGUGUCCUUGGUGGUGGACAUUGCGAGGUGGCGAGGUGAUAACUCACGCCCAACCUCUGCUUCUAUUCUAGCUGGUUAG